GCAAAAUGUCCCAGGAUAGAAUUACGCAGACUCAGUGACCUAGGGACCGGAGUUUGAGGAUAGAGGAGGAACAAUAUUUUGGUGUCACAGUAACCUGGAUGCAGGAGUUGGGGGAACUCUGACCACGGAAGGUUUGGGGGGCACAGUGACCGCGGAGCACGAUGUAGGGGACACUGGUGCAGGUUUGAAUGCUAGCGAUUAGAGGGAUCCUGAGGGGCUGUAAUCGUCUAACUCUGCCUCUGGGGGUCAUGAAGUUGGGGAGACACUCUUGAAGGGGAGUAACCAGGAAAUCCUGCUCUACGGGCUGCUCAUUGAAACUCAUUGAUGAACUGGGGGAUUGAAAAUUUUCGCGUGUCACUGAUGAAGGGAGCUGGAAGGAGGCAUGGUGAACCGAGUGUAUGUUUAUACCUCAAAAAGUUACAAAGAAUACACAUAUAUCUUCUCGUUGGAAAGAAAGCCUAUAUUCAAACAGGGAAGUAUCUGGACAGAGUGAAGCUCCCCCUUCAUCCCUACCUGCCACCCUCUUCAGAGUCCUUUCCCUUUAACGGUGCAUUUUUACAUAAUAUCUGCGCCCACCGACAUUUAUAGUGUGCUUUUGCUUUUCACCAAGAAUCGUGGUAUGUGAAGGUUUCUGCUCCUUGCCUUUCCCCUCUUUUCCCUCGGGUUGCUUAUCCUCUUCAGCGCUCCACAACAGUACUGUACUUACUGAAAUGCAUUUUUGAAAACCUUUGAAUGCACGCUCUAGCGUGGGGGCUGGGAGGAGGGUGUAUUUCCACGUACUCCUUUCGCCUCGCGGGUUCCAGCGCAUGCGCUCUGCAGCAGGGCCCAGCUCCCCGCGGGCGCCCUGUAACUGGGAAGGCCAGGCCGGCCUUUGGUGGUAGGCGGGCAGCCAUCCCACGGGAGGAGGCGUGAGCGGGGCGGGGCAGGAACGUCUUUCUCCCGGGCCGCGCCCUGGGCGGGCACAGAUACCUGCCUCACAGACCAUGGCUGCAGCGGCGUUGAGGCAGAUUUGGACCCGAAAAUUUCUCCCUGUCCCUUGGCUUCUGUGUGGUCCCAGAAGAUAUGACUCAUCCAGCUUCAAGGCUGCAGACCUGCAGCUGGAGAUGACACAGGAGCCUCAUAAGAAGCCUGACCCCAGCAAGCCCCUGCUGUUCGGCAAGACAUUCACCGACCACAUGCUGAUGGUGGAAUGGAACCGGGAGAAGGGCUGGGGCCAGCCCCGAAUCCAGCCCUUCCAGAACCUCACACUGCACCCGGCCUGCUCCGCUCUCCACUACUCCCUGCAGCUCUUUGAAGGCAUGAAGGCGUUCAAAGGCAGGGACCAGUGCGUGCGCCUCUUCCGACCUUGGCUCAACAUGGACCGGAUGCUGCGCUCGGCCCUGCGCCUCUGCCUGCCGGGUUUUGACAAGGUCGAGUUGCUCCAGUGCAUCCGCCGGCUGGUGGAAGUGGACAAGGCCUGGGUUCCCGACAGCUCCGGCACCAGCCUCUAUGUGCGGCCUGUGUUAAUUGGGAACGAGCCCUCGCUAGGUGUCGGCAAGCCCACGCGAGCCCUCCUGUUCGUCGUUCUCUGCCCGGUGGGCGCGUACUUCCCUGGAGAUGCCUUGAGCCCCGUCUCCCUCCUGGCCGACCCAUCAUUCAUCCGGGCCUGGGUGGGUGGGGUCGGUGACUGCAAGCUGGGGGGGAAUUACGGGCCCACCGUGUUUGUGCAGCAGGAGGCCCAAAAGAAGGGGUGCGAACAGGUCCUGUGGCUGUACGGGCCUGACCACCAGCUCACUGAGGUGGGCACCAUGAACAUCUUCGUCUUCUGGACCCACGAGGAUGGGGCGCUGGAACUGGUGACCCCCCCACUGGACGGUGUCAUCCUGCCUGGAGUAGUUCGACAGAGUCUGCUGGACCUGGCUCGGACCUGGGGUGAGUUCCGGGUGGCAGAGCGUAAGAUCACCAUGAAGGAGUUCCUGCAGGCGCUGGAGGACGGCCGGGUUCGAGAGGUCUUUGGUUCAGGCACCGCUUGCCAGGUCUGCCCUGUGCACCGAAUCCUGUACCAAGGCAAGCACCUCCACAUUCCCACCAUGGAAAACGGGCCUGAGCUUAUCCUCCGCUUCCACAAGGAGCUGAAGGCGAUCCAGUAUGGAACAAAAGCCCACGAGUGGAUGUUACCUGUGUGAUGCUGCGGGCUGUGCCGGACCGCUCCACGGAUCCACCGACCUGUAGCAUCCAGUCCCUGUUGGACCUUCGCCUCCGUACCAGUGAUUCACCUGAAGUGCAAUAUGAAAUAAAAGGCGGCGGGCCGGGACGCCUGGGUUUCCGGUGCCCCCACGUCACACUCCCAAAGCCAUAAGGGCCCGACCCAGGCGUCUUGGCCCCUAGCCCUGCCACUCAGGCCUUGGGGACCAGGACUCCCCGCUGCUCCGUGUUGUUGGGUCAAGGAUACACCUUGACUCGGACUCUGCAUCUCCGUUUUCAGGCCGGAUCAACCGGUGCUGCCGUUGAUUUUUUUUCCUAGCUGCAAUUUUGAAAUAAAAUGCCAAAGAACAAGCCAUUAGGUGUCAUCUCCAAUGAUGCAACUCAGGGGACUCUAGGGCCUUAACCAGGAAUCCCCGCGUUCAGCCCAUUUCAUUUUCAAGGGCCCAGAAAUCCAAGCCCCCAGUGUCCUGGCGGUUUCUCUGACGGGAGAGAUUUUUCCACUACCUCACAAACUGAGCUUAGCAUCUUCCCCCACUAAGCCGUGCCUCCCCCGCUGCCGCAUCUUGGGGACAGCCCCCUAAUAUAUUCCAGUCACUAGGCCAGACCCCUCAGCACUGUACCCCUUCCCCCAAAGCCCAUGAGUCCCCAGCCCUGUCCUCUUUCCCCAGACUCUGCCCUGUCUCUUCUUGGCUUCAGCUCAGAGCUUGUCUCCUGCCUGGAUCCUUCUCCUGGCCUCCAGUUUGACCCAGAAGGGGUGUUUCUACACCCAGAGCCACCCCUGCAGGACCAGGUAUAACUGGUUGCAGAUCUGGCUUCAAACCUGCCUCUGUUAACUGCUUGGUGUGUAACCUGGGGUCUGCCACCUGACCUCUGAUCCAGUUUGUUGGAGGGAGACCCUGUGGGACUAUUGGGCAGACUGUCUGUGGCCUGUCCGGCAGCCAUCAACUUUGGGACUAGAAUUCUGAUUUUGGGGGCAGCAGCCAACCAAUGCCACACCCCCUCAUUCCCUUUUGUCAAUCGUUGCUCAAGGGAAGGCCACAGGCCAAGGGGACACAGGGGGAAAUUCGCCUGGAGGCCUCUGGGAAAGCUGUCUUCCCUCGAUGAAACACUGCAGAAGGGCUACCUCUUCUUUUCUUCUCUACCUGCUUUGUCUGGGAUUACCUGCAAGUGUGAUGCUUGGAGCUGCUGCAGCCAUUUCUUGGCCAAGAGUGCCAAGGCCCGCACACUGAAAGUGGCAAAGCACGAAGAGAAGACCCAGCUCCUCCAACUGGGAAAUGUCUGAUUUCUGGAUUGUUUUGUUAAAAAAAAAAAA